AUGUGUUCCUACCGGUCCUUCUCCUCACACGCCGGAAAAUAUCAUUCUUCCAGACGUGACAUGCAGACUGCGACUGCCUACAGACCUCAUACCCUCCCAGACGCUCCGCCCCCUCCCCGAAACGCCGGUAUCCCAGACACUUCGAUUGCGGCAGAUGCACCAUACAAUGCGCAAGCCGCUUACAAUGCUUUCCAAUCUAUAGACCGCAAGCCUUCGAUCAGCGUACGAGAAGGCGAAGCUCAGAAGGCCACACCCACGCAACCUUCGGAAACUGCGAAACCUCGUCGCUCGAGACUGCGCCCCAGGAAGGCAGCAAUGACACUUACGCCAACUGCUGUAUCACAACUUCAGUCUAUGCUAUCCCAGCCCGACCCAAAGAUGAUUCGUGUCGGUGUGAAGAAUCGUGGAUGUUCCGGAUUGGCUUAUAAUCUUGAAUACGUCGAGAAGCCAGGAAAAUUUGACGAGGUUGUUGAACAAGAUGGAGUCAAAGUGCUUAUUGACAGCAAGGCUCUGUUCAGCAUCAUAGGUAGCGAGAUGGAUUGGCACGAGGAUAAACUCAGUCAACGAUUUGUGUUCCGUAACCCGAAUAUAAAGGAACAAUGUGGCUGCGGAGAAUCCUUCAUGGUCUGA